AUGGCGACACGAACUGGCGUGUCUGGCGGCCAUGCCCCUCCCUCCACGCUCGCCGCGCAGCUCGUGGAGAACAUCUCUGCGUCGACGAAAUCGUCCCGAUCUGACGACAAUAGCGAGCUGAGAAAACUCUCGGCGACGAUCCAGGAAGUCGAAAGCAAUCCCGGCAUCCUGAAGACGUCCGAAGAUCAACUGCGACACAAUCACCUUCUCACAUAUGUCUUCAUACGAGCAGUCCUCGGCGGCAUCAAGCUGAACGAUCCAUUCCUCGACCGCAAACACCUGAAAAGCGAGGUCCUCCAAGCGAUCAGCUUCCUGAAGCUCAUAAUAAAGGAGACGCCGGCUGUCUUGGCGUACAAAACUGCGGAAACGCCCUUUGAAAUGCGCGGCGACGAGCCACUGUGGAUCUGGGUGUUCCCCAAGAUCCUGCGUCUGCUUGGUCACAGCCGCUGCCUCGACCUAACAGACGACAUAGAGACCUUCUUCUAUGAGCUACUUGACAUUCUUUCAUCUGAUAAUACGAAGUGGUGUCUGGUCUCCUCAAUCACGGUGUAUCUUCGAGAAAUUGCAAAUGCGCUUUUGCUGCGACUGCGAGACACGAAUACAAUUAUGAACGGACGGGACGAGUCUUUACAGGUCACGCUACCGGAGGAUGGGACAUUGGAGCUUCUGGUCGGAAAGGCUACCAUACAUACCAUCAAGCAGAGCACCUAUACCAUCUCGGGCAUGGCGGUUGGCCUUCGUCAAGCAUCAAGUCUUCUUAAAAUUCUUGGCCACCCUCUUGUGUCGCAGCAGCAUGCCAUGCUGCCGGACGACUUCUUCGCCGCACACCGUCCAUGGCUCGCGGACUCUCUGCUCUCCCUGCGAGCUCUCCAGGAAGGCUGGCAGCAUACUGUGCCCCUCGGACGGUCUGGAGUCCUUCAAAGCACCCUGAAUCUGCUUGCGGGGGACUUCAAGGGCACUAAAUCAAUUGCGAAACGAAAGGUUUACACCAUCCUGGCGCUUCACUGUGCAGAUAUCAUCCAAAACUUCUCCGAACUCACGACGAGCGAAGGCGAAGAAGCCACCACUGCGCAGCAGAUCUUCUGCUGCGCGCUACUUCGUCUGUCGCAUGCGGCUUUGCAUGACAGGAGCAUCGGUCGCCUCUCCAUGGCUAAGAUCGUUCUGCCAGCAGAAUCCGGUCUUCUUAUCCAGAACCCCUCGUGGGACAAGUCAAGUGACAUAUGGAGAUCUAUUCAGGUUUUGAAGGAAACAUCAGGCUCGACACCACCUGACAUGCUCAGUCCGGAUUGCCAACCAGGACUCUUUGCUGAUUUAAACCUGCAGCGUCAAGUAGAACGCUUGGGCCUGAAGACGACGACCGAGUCCGUUAUUGAACCCAAGCCGAAACGCAGAAAGCUCUCGCAAAACUCGUUCGAGUCCACUAAGCUUCCCAAGUUGGUUGCGCAGAUUUACAAGAUAUUGGGUGCAGACCCGGGGUGCAGCAACUUUUCUCUGAACUGGUCUUUCAUGCGGACCCUGGCGACGUUCGUGCGGCCACCAACAUCCAACAAUAGCGACCCAUCAUAUUUGAGUCAUAACCUGAAGACCGCGCUCUCGUUGUUGAAGAGCAUUUCUGAGCAGGCUGUCACGGGAUUUAGCGAGACAAACAUCAUGGCUUGGGGCCAGCUUGGAAGGCCACAAAUAAGUCGAGCUAUUGCCGAGUUGCUGCAGAUUUCUGUCAAUCAGCUGCUCAUACUCAUUCAGCGUUUUGCGUUGCCCUGGCUUGUGCUCCUUAAAAAGCGCGAUGUUGUGCAAAAAAUCACCGAAGCCCGUCGAGAGCAGGAUACGUACUUUUGCCUCAUGGAGAGCUCCAACAAUGGUCCCAUUAUGGCCCUCCUAUUGAUUCAGGACGCGCCCGAUCCUGAAGAGUUCAUCAUGUCGAGGUUGCGUGAGUUCUCGUCAAGAUUCGAGUCAUCGACCAUUGCCGAAAUGAUGAAGUCCGAGGCAGUCGCAAUCAUCCUCGAGCUGCUCAAAGCAGCUAGUGAUGCGGACGAAGAGAGGAAGCCGCGGAUCGUCCACGCCUUGACCUGGAUGGCAACAAAGGUCAUGGCUCCUAGCCGGGAGCCAAGAUCCAAGAAACAUUCGGCUAACAUCAUCGGCCGAUUUCUCGAAUCUUACAUGCUAGGGUCGAUUUCCCGCUUGGUCGAUGUGAUCAACGACCGCAUGUUGAGUGCGCCACCAGUCGAGGAACAACUGCAGUGUCUUCGAGCCAUGGAAGAGAUGAUCAGGCUCUGCAAAGCCUAUGUCCGGGGUGCGCGGCCUCAGAUCACCGCCUGCCUGCUAUCCGCAUUAGAACGCGACCACCUCAGGAAGGCCGCGUUGUCAUGUUGGGUCGCUCUGCUCACUCAUCUGGAAGAAGAAGACAUCGAGGUUCUCCUGGAACCCACGAUAUUCAUCAUUAAAUUCUACUGGAGGCAAUACGAUGACUCAUGUCGGGCCAUGGCAGUGGCAUUGAUCCAUCAAGUCCUAAAGGACUUCCCUGAUGUAGUUGAUAGGACGAUCAAGGUUUUGCCGACGCUCAAGGACAUACCGGAGCUUUCCGGUAUUGAAGCAAAGCUCUCUUCUUUGAGACCAUCUUUGGAUCCGCGCGGAGCAUUCGUCGUCUUUGCGGAACGCUUAUCUCAUCAAAACUCAGGCGUUGUUCUCCUAGCGCUCGAAGAGCUGGUGGAGUACCUCAAAGACAACCAGGGCUACCUACACAGUUCGGCCAUCAGCGAGCAGCCCGACACCGUCGUCACCACACUCUUGCGGUCUCUGCUAGACUGUGCAGCAAAAGUCGGCACGUCGGAUAUUGUCGUAGCCAGCGCCUGUACACAAUGCAUUGGACUCAUCGGCUGCUUAGACUCGAACCGGAUUGAGACUACGCGCGAGUCAAAGUCGAUGGCUGUGCUGCACAACUUUGAGGAUUCCCAAGAGACAACAGAUUUCGUGUUAUUCAUCCUGGAGGAGGUCUUAGUUAAAGCUUUCCUCUCCACGACUGACACAAGAUUGCAAGGCUUUUUGUCUUUUGCGAUGCAGGAUCUCAUGCAGAAAGUCGACCUUCAGUCCGCCUUGGCCUCAUCGACGAAAAUACCAAACAGCACGAGAUCUGCCGAGGGAAAUAGCGUCUACCGGAAGUGGAUUGCUCUGCCGGAGAGUGUGCGGGAGGUCCUGAGCCCCUUUUUGACUUCCAGAUAUCUGCUGGCACCAGCCAAGAUCCCACCAGCAGAGUAUCCCAUCUUUCAGCCUGGCAAGUCGUACGUCCAGUGGGUUAGAGUAUUCGUUCUGGACCUUCUGCAGCGCCCCCUCAACGAACAUGCGCGCCUGGUUUUCGAGCCGUUGAGUCGUCUCAUCCGAGUCAAGGACGUCUCAGUCGCCGAAUUCCUCCUUCCCUACCUGGUGAUCCACGUCAUUGUAGGCAACAAGAGCACGCAGAGUGAGCGUGAUCGUGUUACAAAUGAGCUUGUCAACAUCCUGCGACACCAAACAAGGGACGACGCGACUUACGCAGAACGAGACGACAUGAAGUUAUACUGUGAAGCCGUCUUUCGUGUUUUUGAUUACGCCAUGAAGUGGGUGCAGGAGAAUGGUCGAAAUGCAAAGUCUGACCUCAAAGCCCUGGACCGUGUCAAGUCUGUCGUCGGCAUGAUUUCACCAGAGCUCAGAUCACAGCGAGCGAUGGAUUGUAAGGAGUACUCACGAGCCUUGUUCUAUCUCGAGCACCAUGCGCAGGAGCUCGAAUUGAAGCAAGGCGAUCCCUCCGAACGGACGCGGCUUCUGGAAAGACUCCAGGAUAUAUACACUCAAAUCGACGAGCCAGAUGGACUCGAUGGUAUAUCCGCCCGCCUGCACGUCCUCGACGUCAACCAGCAAAUUCUCAGUCACCGAAAAGCAGGCAGAUGGACAGCUGCGCAGACGUGGUACGAGAUCAAGCUUGCGGAGGAACCUAGUAAUGUCGACAUUCAAGUCGAUCUGCUUACCUGUCUGCAGCAGUCUGGGCAGCAUGACGUUUUACUGAAUCACGUUGAGGGCAUGCACUUGGACGUCACCUCGGAGAACCGAAUAGUGCCCUUUGCAGUCGAAGCAGCCUGGGCCACAAGCAGAUGGGACACUCUUUCCAAAUACGCCGGCAGGUUUCAUGGAGACUUCAUGGAAGACUUCAAUGUAGGUAUCGCGAGGCUCUUUGAUUCAAUGCGUCAAGGAAACUCCACCCGAACGAAAUUCACAGAGACGCUCGACCUUAUGCGAAAGAAGAUUGCGUCUGGCCUGACAUACACAGCUACGUCUUCGUUGCAAGCAUCGCAUGAGCUCAUGUUGAGGUGCCAUAUCCUUACGGACAUUGAGCUCAUUACUCAGGAGCGGGAGGUCGAUGGCCCUCAACACCAGGCAACGUUGAAGCUUCUAGAGCGUCGUCUGGAGGUUUUGGGUGCCUAUGUCUACGACAAGCAAUAUCUUCUGAGCAUCCGCCGUGCCGCAAUGCAGCUUUCGCAACCCAUCUAUUCAGACAUUGACAUAUCCUCUCUCUGGCUAUCCACUUCAAAACUUGCGAGGAAAGCCAACUCGAUGCAGCAGUCCCUCAACGCCGUGCUCCACGCGUCCAAAUUGGGAGAUGACUCGGCUGUCAUUGAGAAUGCCAAGCUUCUCUGGAAGGAUGGGCACCCGCGAAAGGCGAUACAAGUCCUGCAGGGCGCCAUUGACGCCAACAAGUUUGCAACACAAGUCAACAACAGUACAAGUUCUUCCAAGGGCAUGGAUAUGCAACAGAGGUACUUGACCGCUCGAGCGCAGUUGACGCUCGCUAAAUGGCUGGACGCUGCCGGCCAGACACACGUGAUCAACCUGCGAGAGAAGUAUCAACAAGCACCAAAGACGCUCUCCAUGUGGGAAAAAGGACACUUCUUCCUGGGGAGACACUACAAGAAACUCAUGGAGUCAGAACAGACUCUCAAGCUUGACCAUCAAAGUGACGCCUACCUACAGGGCGAGAUUGCGAGACUGGUCAUCGAGAACUAUCUGCGGUCGCUCAGCUACGGCACGAAAUAUCUGUUCCAGACGCUGCCCAGAAUAUUGACGCUUUGGCUGGAGCUCGGGGCCCAAGUCGACAAGCCGCCCGAAGGCAAGAUCUCCGUGUCACGCGAGCUCCACAAGAGACGUGUCGAGCAGCUGAACAUGCUGCAUAAAUUCCUCGACAAGUACAUCAUUAAGCUACCGGCGUUUAUCUUCUAUACGGCUCUGCCCCAGAUCGUGGCCCGUAUCGCACACCCGAGCCAGCACGUCUUCGACCGACUGAAGAACAUCUUGGUCAAGGUGGUGGAGGCGCAUCCGCGACAGGCGUUGUGGGGUCUUUUUGGUAUCAUGACGACGAAGCAGGCCACGGAGAGGCGGGAGAGAGGCCAGAGGAUUCUGCAAACCCUGCGAAGCGUGUCAGCCAGAGUAGAGAAUGGCAGCUACGACCUCAAGACGCUGCUUCGAAUGGGAGAGAAGCUGGCGGAGCAGCUGUUGCUGGCUUGCAACAACGGCAACUUUCAGAGCAACCGGACAACCAAGGCGAGCAUCACGCGCGACCUCAACUUUAAUCACAAGUGUACACCGUGUCCACUGGUAGUGCCGAUCGAGGCGUGCCUCACGGCAACACUGCCGACGCUGGCAGACAACGUGCGCCGAUACAAGGCCUUCUCGCGCGACGUCGUGACGAUCGACUCGUUUCUUGACGAGGUUCUCGUGCUGGGUUCGCUCGCGAAGCCGCGACGGUUGACGGCGCGGGGGUCGGACGGAAAGAAUUACAUGCUUCUCAUCAAGCCCAAGGACGACCUGCGGACGGACCAGAGGCUGAUGGAAUUCAACGCCAUGAUCAACCGAUCGCUGAAGCGCGAUGCCGAAUCGAGCCGGCGGCAGCUGUACAUCAGGACGUACGCGGUGACGCCGCUCAACGAGGAGUGCGGCAUCAUUGAGUGGGUGGACGGACUGAAGACGCUGCGCGACAUUUUGCUGGAGCAAUACAAGAUGCGCGGGACGCACCCCGACUACAACGCCAUCAAGCGCAUGAUGAAGGACGCCGUGACGGGCACGAGCAACAUCCACCUGUUCACAGAGGGGGUGCUCGGGACGUUCCCGCCGGUGCUUCACCACUGGUUCAUAGAGCAGUUCCCGCACCCGGCCGUGUGGUUCGCGGCACGGCUCAAGUACACGCGGUCGUGUGCCGUCAUGUCCAUGGUGGGGACGAUUCUGGGCCUCGGCGACAGACACGGAGAGAACGUGUUAUUGGAGAAGGAUAACGGCGGCAUCUUCCACGUCGACUUCAACUGCCUCUUCGACAAAGGGCGGACAUUUGGCGAGCCGGAGCGGGUGCCGUUCCGGCUGACGCACAACAUGGUGACGGCGAUGGGGAUGCACGGGUACGAGGGCCCGUUCCGCGCGUGCAGCGAGCUGUCGCUGGGCAUCCUGCGGCAGCAGGAGGAGACGCUCAUGACGAUCCUCGAGGCGUUUAUCUACGAUCCGACGCUGGACCUGCAAAAGGUCAAGAAAUCGAGCCGCGCGGUGGUGGCGCCGGGGGAGGUCAGGCUGGAACCGCCGUACGUGGUGGACAGCAUCAAGCGCAAGGUACGGGGAUUGCUCCCGAAUGAGAGCAUCCCGCUGGGUGUGGAGGGCUACGUCGAGGAGCUCAUCAGCCAGGCGGUCGAUCCCAGAAACCUGUCGGCCAUGUACAUUGGAUGGUGUCCUUUCCUAUAG